AUGAAAUCAUCAGAUAAAACCUUUGAUAUAGAUUCUUUUGAAUGGUUAUGUUUCGAUGGAGUGACCACGUAUUUAUUUUAUACAGCUGGAGUGCUUUAUUAUUUUAAAACAAAUGAUUUUAAAAACUAUGAAUCAUUUACUCCAUCUGUUUUGAAUCCUGAUACACGAAAGCCAAUCAUUAAUCCAAGAAUUUUAUAUGUUGAAUAUAAUAACGGUAAAUUUAUGGGAAUGAUAACGGUUGGAGAUGAUUUUUGCCCUUGUUAUUCAUUCGAUUGUAUCCAAUGGUUCAAAUGUAAUUUAAAUCAAGAUGCUAAAUUUAAAUAUCCAAAUAAUCCUAUUAGAUGCGUUAAUAAUAAAUGGGUACUAAUUUAUGAAGUCAAUCAAAUUUUCAUUAGUGAGGAUGGGAUAAAUUAUUAUAUGUUUAGUAUGAUGUCAUCAGAUUUGGAAAUUGAUUAUACAAGUAAAUGGUAUUACAUUAACAACAUGUAUUUUAUCCUACAAAAUGAUAAAAUUUAUAGAUCAUAUUCAAUACCACAAGGUCAAUUUGAACAAAUUUUUCAAGCUGAUGGAGACAUUGAAGCUUUAUGUUAUGGAUCAAAUGUUUAUGUUCUCGUUUCAGGUGGAAUGGUCUAUUCAUAUCCUGUAAGUUAUAACAGACAUAUUUAUUUAUCACAGGAUUUAUCAAAUUGGGAAUUAGUUUAUUCAUUCACUCCAAAAUUUACUCGAAAUUAUAGAUUUACUAAUUUAUUUUAUAUUGAUGGGUAUUUCAUUGCUUUAGGAUGUGGUGAUUUAGUAAAUAUCAGUAGUGAUGGAAGAAACUGGUCUGAAAUCACAAAAUUUCAAGAUGUACGAAAAGCUAUUUUCAAAAAUAAUACGUUAAUAUUGAUAACAAGACCGGUUUUAAAUACUCGCCCAGUUUCAAUAUUAUAUAAUAAAUUCAAUAUUCAUAAUGGAUUAAAUACAACUCUUGAGAUGAUUUACCCCAUUGGUUCAAUAUAUACAUCAAUGAAUUCAACAAAUCCAGCUGAUGUAUUCGGUUUCGGUACAUGGCAACAAAUAACCGAUCGUUUCCUCUAUUGUGCUAAUAGUUCAAAACAAACCGGUGGUUCAAAGAAAAUUAAAGAAGCAAACCUUCCACCGCAUAAGCAUACAGGAACUACAAACUUUUCUGGCGACCAUAGACACUCAUUAAGAGACCACCCAUUAUACAACUCAGACUAUGAAGCUGGUUAUGAUGUUUUAUCUCCAGCUUAUAACGAUUCAACAAAAAAGACUUUUCGACAAACUGAACCAGGAGGAAAUCAUGUCCAUACUUUCACAACAAAUCCAACAGGCUCGGGCGAAGAUUACAUGCCACCAUUUAUGACUGUAUUUGCAUGGUACCGCGUUCAAUGA